AUGAUAUUGGAUAUAUUACUACGUUUCCGAAUACAUAAGGUGGCAAUUGCCGGCGAUAUUGAAAAGGCCUUUCUUAAUAUCGAAAUUCCCCCUGAGCAAGGCGACUUUCUACGGUUUCUAUGGGUAAAUGACGUGAGCAGUGAGAAUCCUGAGUUGAUAAAAUUACGCUUUACGCGCCUCGUAUUUGGAUUGACUAGUUCUCCAUUUGUUUUAAACGCCACAUUGCGUAAGCAUAUAAUGACCGAAGGGAAAAAUGACCCAUUGUUCGUGUACAAUACACUGAGAUCGUUAUACGUUGACGAUUAUCAAUCCUCAUUCUCUACCAACAAUGAAGCAUUUGAAACGUAUAGAAAGCUAAAAGACUCUCUUCACAAAGUCGGGUUUAACAUGCGUAAAUGGGUUACAAAUAACAAGGAAUUAAAAGAAAGAAUUAAAAAACACGAGGCCUUGUACACCCCCGUUUCAGAAAACGCUAAUGUGCUGGAAGAUCCCAAUCACGAACAACCAGAUACAAAGGUAUUGGGAAUUGGUUGGAAUCUAAUUACAGAUUCGUUGAAACUUGACUUUGAAAAAAUUGUAAGAGAUACAUCGAUUACUAUGGUUACAAAAAGGUCAAUUCUGUGCACUACAGCCAAAUUCUAUGAUCCAUUAGGAUUGAUAUCGCCAGUAAUCCUGCCUUUAAAAUGCCUCUUUCAAGAGUUGUGUAAGAUAAAAGAAAACUGGGACUCUCCAGUGCAUGAUAAAAUUGCACAGAAAUUUCGUGACAUCAUUCUCGACAUAAGAUCGGUUUCGAAAAUCGAAUUACCUCGUUCCGUGAUGCAUGAGGUCGAGGUUUCAGACAUAAAAUCAGUUCAAUUGCAUGGUUUUUCGGACGCAAGUACAGUAGCAUACGCAGCAAGCGUUUACUUAAGAGUUGAAACGUCAUCAAGAGUUGUAUCUCAUUUAAUUGCGUCGAAAACGCGCGUAAGUCCCUUGAAAUCGGAAUCAGUUCCACGUUUGGAACUUAUGGGGGCAUUAAUUCUUGCCAGACUUAUGAAAACGGUAUCGGACGCGUUGAGCGCUACAUUGAACAUUGACCAAACAUUUUGUUGGUCAGACUCGCAAAUUGUCAUCUGGUGGAUAUUCGGAGAAAACAAAACAUUUAAGCAGUACGUACAAAAUCGCAUUAAGGUGGUCCUCGACCCUGAAGAUGAUUUUAGCUAUGUUUUUGAAAAUCAUUGA